AUGGCGGCCGCCGCCGCCGCGCGGCUCCUCCGCCUGGCCCCGCGCCGGCUCCAGGUUCCCAAGGCCUCCCCGCUCGCCGCGCUCUCGUUCCCACUCCCGCGUACGGCGCCGCUCGCCGCUGCCUCGGGGCGGCGGCAGCGCUUCUGCGCCGCGGCGCAGGCCUCCGCAUCCGCCCCCGCAGCCGCGGCGACAGGGGCGGCGGGCGAGGCCGUGGGGGAGUUCAGGAAGCGGCUGCGGGUGGCGGACGUGAAGGGCGGGGAGGACGAGGGCGCCGCGUGGGUGGGCAAGGAGCUCGCGGUGCGCGGGUGGGUGCGCACCUGCCGCGCCCAGAGGACCGUCACUUUCGUUGAGGUCAAUGAUGGCUCUUGCUUGUCCAAUAUGCAAUGCGUAUUGACUCCUGAAACAGAAGGCUAUGACCAGAUAGACUCUGUCACUACUGGAGCAUCUGUACUAGUCGAGGGAGUUGUUGCAAGCAGCCAAGGCGGUAAGCAAAAAGUGGAGUUGAAGGUUUCAAAGAUCACUGUGAUUGGUAAGAGUGACCCCACAUCUUUUCCUAUACAGAAGAAACGGGCAUCAAGAGAGUUCCUUAGAACUGUAGCCCAUCUCCGUCCUCGGACAAACACUUUUGGUGCAGUGGCAAGAGUGAGAAAUGCUCUGGCAUACGCAACUCAUAAAUUCUUUCAAGACAAUGGAUUUGUUUGGGUUUCAAGCCCAAUUAUUACUGCCUCAGAUUGUGAAGGAGCUGGGGAGCAGUUUUACGUGACUACCUUGCUUUCAAACAGCGCUGAAGGUGGUUCCCUACUCAAAGAUAUUCCUGCUACCAAGGAUGGAAGGGUUGAUUGGUCACAGGAUUUCUUCUGCAAACCAGCAUUUCUGACAGUGUCUGGACAGCUCAAUGGUGAAACAUAUGCUUCAGCUCUAUUUGAUAUUUACACAUUUGGUCCAACGUUUAGGGCUGAAAAUUCAAACACUGCAAGGCAUCUGGCUGAAUUUUGGAUGAUUGAACCUGAGCUUGCCUUUGCGGAUCUAAACGAUGACAUGGCUUGUGCAACUGCAUAUCUCCAGUAUGUAGUAAAAUAUAUUCUAGAGAACUGCAAAGAGGAUAUGGAUUUCUUCAAUACAUGGGUUGAGAAAGGCAUCAUAGAUCGAUUAAAUGAUGUAGUAGAGAAGAACUUCAUUCAUUUGUCUUACACUGAUGCUGUCGAGCUACUUCUUGGGUCCAAGAAGGAAUUCGAGUUCCCGGUAAAGUGGGGUUUGGAUCUUCAAAGUGAGCAUGAGCGAUAUAUCACAGAAGUUGCCUUGGGUGGACGCCCUGUAAUAAUUAGAGAUUACCCAAAGGAAAUCAAAGCUUUCUAUAUGAGAGAAAAUGAUGAUGGGAAGACAGUUGCUGCGAUGGAUCUGUUGGUUCCUCGGGUCGGUGAACUUAUUGGAGGAAGCCAGAGGGAAGAGCGUCUUGAUUACCUUGAAGCCCGAUUAGACGAGCAAAAUCUGAACAAGGAGAGCUACUGGUGGUAUUUGGACCUGCGGCGAUAUGGAUCAGUUCCGCACGCUGGUUUUGGUCUUGGAUUUGAGCGGCUUGUCCAGUUUGCUACUGGAAUAGACAACAUCAGAGACGCCAUCCCGUUUCCCCGAGUUCCUGGCUCUGCCGAGUUUUAG